UUGGUUGGUCUUUAUAGCGCGUUUAGAUCUCUGCAUGACGAAUCACAUAUAUAGCCUGCCAGCUGUCAUUCAGGCCCUAUCAGGUAUAAAAAGACGACCACGGAGCGUGAUCAUUAGAAACAACUUGAGCUAUGAAGACCUUACUUAUUUUCGCAGUGACUUUGGCUGUGUGCUACGCGGAGCUGUGCAGGGACACAAGCGACUGCAGCCACGAGGUGUGUGGAGCGGGUUGGCACCUCACUUGCCACAACUUUGCAUGCACGUGCCUAGCUGAUUCUGGUAGUGGAGGCGGUACUAGCACCACAUGCAAGUUGGCCUCCGACUGCCAGUGUGACAGGGACACCCCGCACUGUGUGGACGGACAUUGUAGGUGUGGCUUCAGACCCGGCGGCGGAAAAUAAGCACAUUCUUGUCAUACUACAAACACGUUCUGAAUAGUGUAUGCGUCGUUAUUGAGAAUUAAAUGCUUGUCGUUUUA